UGACGACUCUGCUGCAAUGCAACCAUGUUAAAAACCACAAAAGUCAGAUCCAAAAAUGUCCCUAAAUGGUUUCUGGGCAUCCUAUCUACGUCCUUAUCUGAUUUCAUAAUUGAUUCGGCCCAUUAAAUCGUCAUCAACUUUUCUACUGCCUUCUCGCAUUGUAUGUAGGUGGAGUAAUCCCAGGUCCGCCUGAUGCAAGUAUUUGUCGAUUUAACAUUCUGUUCUGCCCCAUGAUUCAUGAAACCCCGAAUGAUUUUUAACCCCUCGUCUCCCCCAGUUUUUUGUGCAGAGCGAACGGCCCACCGCGUGGAGUUUGUUGGGGGCGGUUGUCGCUUUCUUUUUCAGCUGCGGCUGCUGCUGAAAUUUCACCUCUCUCUACAGGUAUGUAUAUUAAUAAGCCCGUAGUACUCUGAGGCUGAGGGCAUGACAUGACAGACUUUUGUUCCGGAGGACGAAGGAACAAUGAAACAACAACAACAGCAGCAGAGAGAUGCCGGAGCAAGUGUUCCUCUUUUACCGGAGGUGGUGGUUCAGUCAGACGGGGUGGGAAUAUCAGAGGGGGCAUCAAUGUAUAGUGCCAUUUUUAAUGCGUCAACCAGCAUGGUUGGUGCAGGGAUCAUGUCUAUUCCGGCAACUUUUAAGGUUCUGGGAAUAAUCCCCAGUUUCGUAGUAAUCUUGAUUGUUGCUUUCUUUGUUGAGGUCACGGUGGAAUUCUUGUUGAAGUACACCCGUCAUACGGGAGAGUUGGAUUCUUACGGUGCUCUGAUGGCCGAGUCAUUUGGCAAGCCUGGAGCUGUUGCUCUUCAAGUUUGUGUCUUGGUCACUAACCUGGGUGCCAUGAUUAUUUAUUUGAUUAUUAUUGGAGACGUGCUCUCAGGAAAUUGUUCUGGAGGGUCAAUUCACACGGGUGUACUUCAGGAAUGGUUUGGCACCCAUUGGUGGAAUUCGCGUGCAUAUGCGCUUUUGUUUGUCGUGCUCUUUAUUAUGCUUCCAUUGGUUAUUUUACGGAGAAUUGACUCUUUGCGACAUGCUUCAGCAGCAUCUAUUCUACUGGCGGUGCUCUUUGUUGUGCUCUGUUCAGGAAUGGCCAUACAAGCAAUGUGGGAAGGUAAAACACAAAAAGCAAGACUUGUACCAGACUUUGCGCAUGGGAUGUCGUUCUUUGAUCUUUUCACCACAAUUCCGGUCAUUGCUACAGCCUUUGGAUGCCAUGUUAACGUUCAUCCCAUAAGAGCAGAGCUAGGAAGACCUUCUCAAAUGAGCUUGGCAGUUCGGAUUUCUCUGGUACUCUGUAUCGCCAUUUACUUUGCAGUUGGCUUCUUCGGUUACGUACUAUUUGGCGACUCAAUUAUGGCCGACAUGCUCGUCAACUUUGAUGCUGUUUCAGAUUCCGUCAUUGGUAAAUUACUCAAUGACACUAUUCGGUUGAGUUAUGCAAUUCACCUCAUGCUGGUUUUUCCUGUGAUGAACUUUUCCUUAAGAGCUAAUGUGGACGAACUUCUCUUUUCAAAGAGACCUUUGUUGGCGACAGAUUCUAUCAGAUUUUUAUCUCUGACCUGCGUUCUGCUUGCAUUUACUUAUGUGGCUGCUGUGGCCAUCCCAAAUAUAUGGUACUUCUUCCAGUUUAUGGGAACAACCACAGUCGUGUGCCUCAUGUUCAUUUUCCCAAGCUCGCUUAUUCUUAGAGAUGUUCAUUGCAUAUCCACAUGCCGUGAUAGGAUUCUGGCCAUACUGGUGAUCGUCCUUGCGGUAGGGACUAGUUUGAUUGCCAUUUCCUCUAAUAUAUACAAGUACAUUGGAUAGAAAUGACAAGUGACGUAGCAGAAUUGAUCCUGUACGGGUAUGGAGGAAAGUGAUGAGAAUGCGGAGGUAAUCAUACAUCCUGAGACAAUAUAACUCCUUUAUACUGCCUUUGAAUCUCUCCGCUUUGGCUUUUCCAGAGGCAGGGGAAAUGGGUAAAGGGCCUCCUAGAGGUCGCCGCCGCGGUUAAUUCACAGGUUAACCGUGAGAUUUUUCAGGCAUUGACUUGAGAAUCUCCGUCACUCGCAAGAUGUUUCUUUUAUUGACUUCUUGUUACUCACUGUGAACUGAGCAACAAGUGUGUCCAUAAAGUGUUAUUAAAAAAA